CAAAUAGGGAGUACAUAGCCAUAACGCUGUGGGCAAACGGUAUCAGUGCGCGUAACCAAGCCGCGCCGGUUGGUAGGAGUGUGGUGAGGGUGUGCUGGAGGCAAAGCGUUUUGUUCAUCCCGCUACUUCGAUGAGCGACAAACGAGAGAAGGGCCUGGUAGACAGUGCGCCCAUCGGAAUAUGCCUUCCCCAGCUCGGGAGGAAAGCAAAGGGGAGAGCGGACAGGCAGAGGACGGAGCAGCGGACAGCGACGACAGGGAGAGAGGGACAGCCGCUCGUCUCGUGUGCGCUCUGGAGAUGGAGAUGACAAACUGCAGCCUGCGCGGCAACUCCAAAGUGGACUGUGUGACUUGUGAUGGUCUGAUCAAUCGAAACGGCGGGGACUCGGCAGAAGUGUCGGUGCCGCUGUCACUUCCCGGGAAGCGGACAGCUCCUAUGGAGGGGGACAACCUCUACAGACUGCGAGACAGAAAGUUUUUAUUGGAGGAUAAAAAGCGCCUCUGCGCGCUGGCUUUGGGCACCGCUGUGCUCGGGAUACUGCUCAUGAUAAUCCACGCCGAGUUAUGUCCCUUCAUCUAUAAACCGGGCUCAAACAUUGCCUUAAUCAUCAACUGUUCCAUCAGCCUGUCCACUGGGUGUCUCCUGGUCUUCAUUAUAGCUUUCCAUUAUAAGGACAUCAGGCUCUUCAUCAUUGACCACAACCAGGUGGACUGGCGUAUUGCCAUGACCAGCCACAGGGUUCUUGUGAUCACUCUGGAGCUCUUAGUCUGUGUCAUCCAUCCUGUUGGCACAUACUGGGAUGUGGGCCUCCAUGUCAACUCCUCUUCCUCGGCUCCGCUCUGUGUUUCCGACCACCACGGCGAGGCCCUGAUGGACAUGGAACUGCUGUUGUCAGUGCUGAUGUUCCUCCGCUUGUACUUGGUGCACAGAACCAUCCUGCUGCACAGCAAAGUGCUGCUGAGCGCCUCCUACAGGAGCAUCGGCUCACUCAACAACAUCAACUUCACCUUCCGCUUUGUUCUCAAGGUACUGAUGAACAAAUACCCGGGGCGCACGCUGCUGGUCUUCAUCCUCUUCUUCUGGCUCACCGCAUCCUGGAUGCUCACUUUGUGUGAGAGGAAGACCCAAGAAUCGACAGGCCACAUGGACACGGCUCUGUGGCUCAUAGCCAUCACCUUCCUCACAGUGGGCUAUGGUGAUGUGUCGCCCAACACCAGCUGUGGCAAGGCAGUGUGUCUCUUCACUGGAGUCAUGGGUGUAGCCUGCACUGCCAUGCUGGUGGCAGUCGUUACCAAGACGCUGGCUUUGAACAAAGGGGAGAAGCAUGUGCACUUCUUCAUGCUGGACAUCCAGAUCUCUAAAAGGAUCCGCCACGCCGCUGCUAAUGUGCUAAGAGAAUGCUGGCUUCUGCACCGCACAAACUUGACAAAGGGCAACCGUGGUGAGCACCGGAGACACCAGAGAUGCCUUCUGGAAGCCAUCAGAGUAUUUCGGCAUUUACGCCUCAAACAAAGAAAACUGAGAGAUUACGUCAGCGAGAUGGUGGACCUUCCCAAGAUGCAGAUGAUCAUGUGUGACCUCAGUGCCAAUUGGAAUAACUCCUAUCGGGAGCUGGAGCAGCGUAUCCUCUCCAUGGAGCAGAAGCUGGACGAACUGAGUCGCUGCUUUCAACAAACGUCUGAGCUGCUGUCUCAGGUCCUACGUCACCGAAACCCGGAGAUAAGGUGACAUGGCUACAUACACUUCAGAGACAGCUAAUCUGUCUUCAGCAUUUUCAUCUACAGUAUCCACGAAAGUGAGACAGUAAAUCCUCUCCACCCAGAGUUGCUCCAGACUCUAAACAUGCUGAACCACUUGGAGGACUGGCAUACCUACUAAAGAUCUCAUCUUCUGGCUUUGUGCGGAGUGCACGGCACAGUGACUCAUGGCUGUAAAAUUGUACAGAUAAAAUAAGACUUCCCUUCAGUGUGGGAGAAUCACAGUGCAUUUUGAGAAAUCUGUUGUAUUUUCAGCAGUUAUAUUUGUGAGGGUGCACAAAGGACUGAAGUAAUCUCAAACAGUGAGUGUGGAGAGCCUUGUAAUCCACUGUCAAAGGCUCCAGGGCUAACCAAGGGUAACUUUGGUAUUUUUCAACCUGGACAUUAUUUUCCCAUAUUUUUGUGUCAAAGUAACUAAUGGGGAGAGGUUUGAAUUUGGUCCAGUAUUGAGUGAGAGCGCUGCAGCCUGCAGCCGCAAAAUGGGCUACAACGUUAUUAUUACGGGCAAUUGCUCACCGUCAGAAUACAUCCAUUAAAAGUGCUCGUUUUUGCCAGCGACAGGCUCACAUUGUUACUAUUAGUGUCUCACCACACGACCCGACACAUUAAUCACACUUUCUGUACUUUUUGCUUGAUCCACUAUGUCUGCGCGUCGUCUGCUCUUCAAUUUGUAGUCUUAUCCGUAUACUCCGGCUUUAAUGAAUAUGGGUGGCCAUCAAUUUCAAAGGCCUCAUCCAAAUCAGCUAAAUAUUCAGCCAAAAUAUUUCAUAUAACUCUAACACAACAAACUCUUCCUGGCCGACACUGCAACGCUCCCGUUUCUACUGUUGUCUUCCUGCAACGAGUCAACUCACGGCUCUUGAGAUUUCAGAAAGACUUCUCCUAGAGCGAGACUUGGUUAGACAAAAAGGCAGGUCAGCACACUUCUAACUAACAAUCUGAGCCAAUCAGUGGCAAAGGCAAGCACUUUUAAUGGGUGUAUUUUAAUGGUGAGCAAUUUCCCACCAAAUUCAAAAGUUCUUGUCCCCAUCAGUCACUUUGACACAAAAUUGUGAAAAUAAGGUCCAGGUUGAAAAACACUGACAUUACCCUUUAACUUCUAUUUGUAAGGUUUCAUUGAUGGACUCCGUCACUGCCUUAUUCCUGUGGAAUAAGAUAUAUAUUUUUCAUCUUAAUUUUAUUUUAAAUUUCUUGCAAUGUUUUUGUGUUAGCAUAAUCAGUUUUAUAAAAACCUAUCGCAAAUCCUCUUUUUCAUCAGCAGACAGUUGAAUGGCUAUCAAGGUGAUUAUUGUUUGCA